AUGGAGGACGCCGCCUCGGACACCGGGCCCGCGGCCCAACAGCAUCGAUACGACGAUCGCCUCAACACCGCUGCAAUCGAUACGGCACCUGCGAUAUGCCGCAUAUGUCGUGGAGAAGGCACGCCGGUAGAGCCGCUCUUCUACCCAUGCAAAUGCAGCGGCAGCAUCAAGUACGUCCACCAGGAUUGCUUGAUGGAGUGGCUCUCGCACUCGCAGAAGAAGUACUGCGAGCUGUGCAAAACGCCCUUUCGAUUCACCAAGCUGUACGCUCCAGACAUGCCGCAGUCGCUGCCCAUACACAUCUUUGUCGAGCACAUGGCCAAAUAUAUGUUCCGCAACCUGCUGGUAUGGCUGCGGGCAGCCGUGGCCAUUAGUGUAUGGGUGUUUUGGCUUCCCUACUUCAUGAGGGCCGUUUGGUCCUUCAUGUUCUGGAUUAGUGAUGAAGGUUUGGGUGGUUCUAUAAUAUCGCGGAUCAACGAAACCAACAGCACCAUGUCGGCGAUUCCCUCCUCCAUUUUGGCCAUUGGAACAUGUCCUGCUAGUCCCCUACUUGCAGCCACCACCACCUCUGCGGCUGAGGUCGAAGCCGUGGUAGGUCAGCUAGAGGGCAAAGACGUUUCAGAUUACUUUGUACGAUUCUUACUCAACUCAUUCACCUCUCCAUUAUUAGCCUCUGACGGCGAGCUGGGAUACGCAGCAAAUUCAUCUGCAGCGUUAAACAACGCCAGUCAAUUCGCCGCUGCAACGACUCUCCUCAGCAACGUUGGCGUUCUUGGUAACCUUACUCGGAACGCAAGCCUGAAUCGCGCCAUUGUAUCCGUACUGGAAGGGCAAAUUAUCACGGUUCUAGUAAUCAUCUCUUUCAUUCUCAUCAUCUUGGUCAGAGACUAUGUUGUCCAGCAACAGCCAGAAAUCAACAUGCGGGCUGCCUUUGCCGCCCCUGAAAAUGACAUUCAGGAUGUCCCUGAACCUGGCGAGAUUAUUCAGCAAGACAACUUGCCGCCGGCAAAUUUGCAUCCAACAGACUCAGACGAUGAAACUUUGGAAGACAGCGAUCAAGUUGGUGAUCAAGACUGGCAACGGAUGCCAGCAGGACGACUCGCGCCAGCUGGCGAGCAAGCAUUGACUCCAGACUCUUCAAACCACUCGAUGCCCGACCACGACUCUUUCCCGACUUCCAGCACGAAUACCUCCUUACAAAACGAUCAGCUGAACUCUCAUGCACGCGAAGGUGCUGAUGAAGGCGAUGCCGCAGAGGAGCCCACCACUCUCGAUGAAUAUCUGCGAAUUUAUCGCCGCGCUAAUGGCGACUUGCAAGACACACUGCGAAUCAUUGAAGAAGAAGGGCUACAAGAAAAACUUAAAUACUGGGUUGAGUUUACUCGACGAUCUACUUCUACUAUAGAAAAUACGAGUCGUAUCGUUACGAAUGAGCCUGCCAUGGAAGAGGUAGACCAAGAACAUCCCGAGCACGAGAUCGAUUCAGACCAUGACACGCUUCAGUCUCCAUCCAACUGGAAAGGAAAGGAGCCAUGGUCUCCGACGCAGGCAGAUCUCGACAUCUCAGGGCCUUCAGAUGCACCUGAAGAUGACUUCUUUGGCGCUACUUCACGACCACGCUCAAUGUCAGAUGGCCUUCAAGGGCAGUUUUCGGCUAACCCACUGGCGAAUAACUCUUGGUCUUUCGAUGCGCUUCCCGUAGAUGACAAGCCCGAUGAACCAUCCCAGGCCCUCCCUGCUAUUCAAGAACAAUUUACACAAGAUUUGUCUGAUGGCGAGCCCUCGGAAGAGUUCUCGGGACAGCCUAGAGAUUUCGAUGACGAGGACGACAGCCAUUUGAGCAGAGAAGCCUAUAGGCGCCUUCCAGAUAGAGAUACAUAUCAACGCUACCCUCCACGAGAGAUUGAGCAACCCCUCCCGAAUCUGAAUGAGAGAGAACAGCGCUUGGACGCCGAAAUCGAAGCACAGCCGCCUCAUGCCAACGGCGCUGCUGAGGAAGCAGCCGUCAAUGGCGCUGAUGCUCCAGCGGCUGGCUUCGCUGAGAAGAUUGCUGAUUUCAUGUGGGGCAACAUGGACGACCUGGAUCCUCCAGUCGUUCCUCGCGCUCUUAUAGUUGCCGCUCAUCGAGCAGCUUUGGAUGACAUUGCUGCCGAGGAAGCGGUUGAGAGAGCUGCUGGGCAAGGGGCCGCCGCCGGCAACAAUGACCGAGAUGAUCCAUGGGUCGACGUUCCAGCGGAGCCUAAUGGUGACGAUGGCGAAGGCAUCGCUGCCGAUGACAAUGCGGCACCCUUGGACCCUGAAGCAAUCGAGGACAUGGAAGAUUUUGAAGGAGUUAUGGAGUUGAUCGGUAUGCGUGGACCUAUUGCAGGCCUUUUCCAGAAUGCCAUCUUCUGUGCCGUCCUCGUGUCUGUCACCAUCUUUGCUUGCAUCUUCAUCCCCUACAACAUUGGCCGUGUCUCUGUCUGGCUUCUUGCAAGCCCCAUGCGGGUUGUGCGCCUGCUAUUCGAGCUCUCGAAACUGCUGCAGGACGCUACAUUCCUGGUUGGUGGGUUGGGCUCCUGGUGCGCGUUGAAUUUUGUCGACAUCUUCGCGGCCGUCAUGGGCGGCUCGGUCAAGGCCCAUAUCGUCUCAGCCAGGAAAAUGUCCUGGGGGCUGUGGACUGGCGCUGCCAGCAGAAUCUGCACAUUCCUCUUCAAAGACUUCUUCCCCAUGUCAGCAACAGAAAUUCAUAACUUCUCCGCAGUCAGCCACGAUGCGCUCAACAUUGUCAAGGGCAAUGUCGUGUCCGUGUUUUCCAACAUUAGCAGUAGCCUAACUACAGCGAAUACGGUUGGCUUUGACAAAGUUAUGGCUACUACAAUGACACUGCUCAGCUCUACCUCUGAGACGGCCAUCAGAGUCGCGUCUCUCCUUACAAAGCCCAGUUCAUGGGUUAUUGACCUGAGCCUGGCUGAAGAAUGGCCCUCGCUAGAUCCGCAAUUGACGUAUUGGUCUAGUCUGGACAGAUUUUGGGCCAUCUUAGCUGGCUACACCACCAUGUUCUUAGUCGGUGCUCUGUAUCUGAAGAAGGGUAGCCCAUUUUCGAGAAACGCAAUAGUGCAUGCGUGGGAAACUGGAGUUAUCGAAUCUCUCCAGCAGGCCAGCGGAAUCAUGAAAGUGAUCCUCAUCAUUAGUAUCGAGAUGCUCGUCUUUCCUCUUUACUGCGGUCUACUUCUGGAUGCGGCCCUGCUGCCACUCUUUGAAGAUACUACAUUUACGAGCAGAAUCAUCUUUACUUGCAAGUAUCCCAUGACAUCGGUUUUUGUACACUGGUUCGUGGGCACUGGCUACAUGUUCCAUUUUGCUCUCUUCGUUUCCAUGUGUCGAAAGAUAAUGCGGCCAGGCGUUUUGUACUUCAUUAGAGAUCCUGAUGAUCCCGAGUUCCACCCGGUGCGCGACGUACUUGAGCGAAAUCUUACAACGCAACUUAGAAAGAUCCUAUUCUCUGCUUUCGUAUACGGAGCUCUGGUAAUCGUGUGUCUCGGUGGCAUCGUGUGGGGUCUGUCAUUCGCAAUGCCGAGCGCACUUCCCAUCCACUACUCCUCAAACGAGCCGGUAUUGGAAUUCCCAGUCGACUUGCUCUUCUACAACUUCCUCAUGCCACUUGCUGUCAAGUUCUUCAAGCCCAGCGAUGCGCUGCAUACCAUGUACACGUGGUGGUUCCGCAGAUGUGCACGGGCUCUGAGGCUGUCGUACUUUCUCUUUGGCGAGAGGAGGGUCGACGAAGAAGGUGUUCUGCAUCUCCCAGCUGAAACCCCAGCAGGCAGGAUCCCCCAUAUGGGAUACCUCCUCGAGCUCGCAGAAGAUGGGAAUGCGAUUGUUCCAAAGACGUGGCGCGAUACCUUUGAGGGCGGUGACUUGAAGCCAACUACGCACAUGAGUUCUAGCGAACGGAAAGCUUAUCGCCAUAAGAAAGCCCGCCUUGUCGAAUCUCAUCAGCUCGUCAAGGAUGGCAAGUUUAUCCGAGCCCCCGCGUCUGACCGCAUCAAGAUCCCGAAGGGUCAGCAAGUAUUCCUAACUGUGAGCGAACGUAACCGCCGCAAAGAUGGCCGUGCGGACGACGACAUAUAUUCAUCAGACCAGUACCUGCAGGUCUAUAUACCUCCAAAUUUCCGCACAAGAAUUUUCACAUUUAUUCUUCUAAUCUGGUUAUUUGCCUCAGUCACCGGCGUUGGGUUCACCAUCAUACCCUUGGUGCUUGGCAGAAAAAUAUUCAAAGAGCUGAUACCAGACUACAUCAGAACGAAUGACAUCUACGCUUUCAGCAUCGGCGUCUUCUUGCUCGGCUCUGUUGCGUACGCCAUAGCCCGCCAGCAUACCAUACGGAAGAAGAUUGGAAAGUGGGUUCGCGAAGCAGAACGCGAUAUGCUCGAGGGCGAGAUUGCUGGGCGAAUAGCACGCAUUGCUAUCCACACGGCUAAGCUCUUUUACGCAUACACUGUUCUGCUCGUGGUGUUCCCCCUGCUUACCUCUGCGCUGAUGGAGCUAUACGUGGCCAUCCCUCUGCAUACCUACAUGCAUCCUCCAACGGCAGUUUCGACUUUGAAAGAUGAGGGAGCCAACCGCCACACGGUUCGUGUUAUCCAGUCUUGGGUUUUGGGCCUGCUCUACCUGAAGUUGGGGAGCCGGAUGAUCACAUCGCUAUUCCCAGAUAGCCGGGCCUCAGCGGCAGUCCGAAACAUUAUACGCCGUAGAUGGUGGCUACGGCCCAACGUGCGCCUCCUCACACGAGGGUUUGUCAUCCCAGGCCUCCUCAUAUCUUGUGUGGCCAUCUACGGGCCGCCAACGGUGGCUAGAUUUAUCAUCAAGCACACUAGCCUUGCUGGAGGCUCAGGUUCAGAAGACGCCGCCGCUGCUGUGACAGCGACGGUGAUUUACAGGCAAUCAUAUCCUAUUGCGGCGUGUGCCGCCAUACUCGCCAAGCAUGCCGUUGGAUUUAUUAAAGUGAUGAACCGGUGGACCGCGAGCGUCCGGGAUGAGGCGUAUCUGAUUGGAGAGCGACUGCAUAACUUUGGGUCAAGGACGUCGAGCACUAAAAAGACAAAGGUCAGGGCUCGACGGGCAAAUGCUUAG